GAAGUACAGGGCACAAGACACUCUACUGAGCGCUAAACACAUGAUACACUAGAGGGCUUUACUCUCCAAUACAGGAACUAUUUUGGUGGAGCUUCCUAUAAGAUGGCAACAAAAACCUCCAAAAAAGUGAACAUCUCAAGCUCCCUGGAAUCUGAGGACAUUAGCCUAGAGACCACGGUCCCUACGGAUGACGUCUCUUCUUCCGAAGAACGAAACGGCUCCGCCAAAAUUACAAAGCAGAUGAUAGAAAAGAAGCAACUGCUUCACAACCUGCAGCAUCUGAAGAUAGAGCUGUCUCAGAAAAACAUGAUGAUCGACAACUUAAAAGGAGAAUAUAUGACAAAGAUAGAAGAGCUGGAAGAGAAGCUGAAUGAUGCAGUUCAUCAAAAACAAAUUCUGGCAUUAAAAUUGGAGACCCAGUCCAAAUUACAGCAGGAAGAUUCCAGGAAAAACCGCGAACAAAUGAGGAAAGAAGCAGAAACUCUCUUUUUGAGGCUGAAACAGUCAGAAGAGACUAAUCGGCAGCUACGGGAAACUGCAGGAGCCAUCCGUAACAGUUUACGCGACCUUAAUGUUACUAAAGAAAUGUACGAGAAGCUGUCUUCCCUUCCAGAGGAACAACUUUCAGUCCCCGAAUACGUCUCUAUUCGCUUCUAUGAAGUGGUUGAGCCAAUGAGAAUUAAAGCAAAUGAACUUCAAGUGAAAAACGAGACGCAGUCUGAAGAGCUGAAUGGGUGCAAACAGCAGCUGAGGAGUUUGAUGGAGAGUUACGAAGAGGAGAGGCGAUGUCGCUCCGAGUUAGAAGUAAGAUGCCAGAGACUAACACUUCAGUUGGCCGACACAAAGCAGCUAAUCCAACAAGGAGACUACAAAUUAGAAAAUUAUGACAAAGUGAAAAGCGAGCGGGAUUCAUUUGAACAUGAACUUUCCAAGCUGAGGAAGAAUUUUGAGAUAAUGGAAGUUUCUCAUAAGUCACUAACGAAAGAUCAUAAUGAUUUGGCUCAGGAGAUUGCCACGCUGCAGCAAUCGGUUUCCCUGCUGCAAAAAGAUAAGGAGUUCCUUAACAGACAGAACAUGGAGCUAAAUGUCCGCUGUGCCCACGACGAGGACCGCGUUGAACGUCUACAGACGCAGCUAGAGAAUGCCAAAAAGGCAAGGGAGGAAACAUACGAAAGAUAUGUUGCUUCAAGGGACCACUAUAAAACAGAGUAUGAAAAUAAGCUGCGCCACGAAUUGGAACAAAUCAAACUGAAGACAAACCAGGAAAUUGAACAGCUUCGAGGGGCAUCAAAAGAGAUUUAUGAACGUGAAAACAGGAAUCUACGGGAAGCGAAGGAUAGCGCCAUAGCUGAAAAGGAACGCGCUCUUUCAGCGGAGAGAGAGGCUGUGGCAAAAUACGACGGCUUGCUAGAACAGUACCGGCUUUUGCAAUUGAAUACGGAAAGUAAGGCCUCAGAGCUUCUCCAUCAAACCAAACUUAAGUCAUUUGAAGCUGAACGGUCUCAAAUGUUGCUAGAAGAAGCCACAUCGAACCUACAGAAGUGCCAGGUAGAAUGUGAAAAGUAUCAGAAGAAACUAGAGAUUUCAACAAAGGAGUUUUAUAGUCUACAAACAUCUACCGAAAAGCAAAUUAGCGAACUGCAAACUCAAAAUUCAGAACAAAGGGCAAGACUGGAGACGUAUGAAAAGCUUGAACAGGAACUCGAUGAGGUCAUUAUGCAGUCUGCUGAAAUGGAGAAUGAGGUUGAGGCUGAAAGAGUUUUGUUUUCAUACGGAUAUGGAGCAAAUGUUCCCACCACUGCUAAAAGAAGAUUAAAACAAAGCGUUCACCUUGCUAGAAGACUCCUGCAGCUCGAAAGGCAAAACUCUUUGCUGGUGAAAGAUCUGGAAAAUCAGAAAAGCCAUACUGACAAGGUUUCAUUGGAGCUAGACAGAACAAAUUCCUUGUUAAGUCAAGUUCACCAGCCAUAUCAGUACCUCAUUGAAUCCGUACGUCAGAGAGAUGCCCAGAUAGAUUCGCUCAAGGACAACAUUUCCAAACUUGAACAAGAUGUCAGUAACUUGAAUAAAGAGAAGUCUUCACUACUUCGUGUCAAAAACCAAAUGGCAGCAGACUUGGAAAAACUUCUCAGUCACAGAGAGGACUUGGCUGAAAUGAAACAGGCUUUACUUAAACUACAUAGUAAACGACAAGGAGAAACUUUAUCUCGUUCUUCAGAACCCGUAAGAAAUCCAACAACAAAAUUGAGACGACCUGAGCGUGAACACGAGCAGCAAGAAGAGAAUGUAUUUAUACCUAAACCAACCUUGUUUACAAAAAGUGAAGCACCAGAUUGGUACAACAGAUUAAAACAGAAGACAACAUGAAAACAUCAUCAUAUCUACUGUUCUGCACUACCACAGACUGAACUAUUUUAAUAAAUUCAAUGUUGGCAAAGUUGUUAUUUUUCUAUUAAUAUUAUUCAUUUUAACCUUUUGGACAAUUUCUUUUAAUAAUUGUGUAUGGAUAUUGCUGUGUUUUAUUGGUUAAACUGUAUUUUAUAAGUAAAUUUAUAUUUUACACUA